UCCUCCUUCCCCUUCGUAUCGUGCACUCUUCUUCCUCCUUCCCCUGCUUCCCCCAAAUACACACAGAGAAGGCAGGAGGACCAAACCCUAGCUCCCCCCUCCCCCGAUCCGAUGGCGCCGUCCCCGUCCCCGCCGCCGCCGGCGAGCGGAGCGCAGUACGCGCACCAGUUCCUCAACACCGCCCUCUCGCAGCGGGGGCCCUCGGCGCUCCCCUACGCGGAGGACGUCAAGUGGCUCAUCCGCAACCACCUCGUCGCCCUCGCCGACGCCUUCCCCUCGCUCCACCCCAAGGCGGCCCUCUUCACCCACAACGACGGCCGCGCCGCCCACCUGCUCCAGGCCGACGGCACCGUCCCCAUCCACCACGCCGGGGCCACCUACAACCUGCCCGCCGUCAUCUGGCUGCCCGAGACCUACCCGCGCUCCCCGCCCCUCGUCUUCCUCUCCCCCACCCGCGACAUGCUCAUCAAGCCCCACCACCCGCUCGUCGACCGCUCCGGCCUCGUCGCCAACGCGCCCUACCUCCGCUCAUGGGUCUUCCCCUCCUCCAACCUCCUCGACCUCGUCAGAUCCCUCUCCCACCUCUUCGGCCUCGACCCGCCGCUUUUCACUAGAUCCGUUGCAGCCCCUUCUCCCGCUCCUCCUCCCGCUCAUCCUACUCCUCCUCCCGCCGCCGCCUCCCCCGCCAUGCGACCGGAGGCCGUGUACGCCCCUGUCCCUCGCCCGUACAGGUUCCCAGCAUCGCCCCAGCUCGCCGCGCGCCAGCCGCCCACAGAGGACCCAGCCGAGGUCUUCAAGCGCAACGCCAUCUCCAAGCUCGUCGACACCGCCUAUGCUGACGCCGCUGCCCUGCGCACUGCCCGUGAGGCCGAGGUCGACGCCCUCUUUGCCGUGCAGGCCGAGCUGCGUGGCCGGGGGGAGGUGGUGAACGAUGGGGUGCGUAGGAUCACAGAAGAGAAGGAGACGCUCGAGCGCCGGCUUCAGGACGUGGUGAUGGCCACUGACGUCAUUGAGGCCUGGGUCGCCGAGAACCGUAAGGGGGCUGGUGACGACACUGCCGAGGCAGAGGGGGCCAUCCAGCCAGCCGAUGUGCUGUCCAGGCAGAUGCUUGAGUGCACAGCUACUGAUUUGGCGCUUGAGGACACCAUCUACGCGCUCGACAAGGCUGUCCAGGAAGGAUCGGUGCCCUUUGACGGCUACCUCAGGAGCGUGCGUGCACUCGCACGGGAGCAGUUCUUCCAGCGUGUCCUCUGCACCAAGGUCAACAAUGCACAGCAGCAGGCGCAGGUUGCUAGGAUGGCCUCACGGGCACCACAGUACGCCUCCUAGCCAAGACGAUGGAUAGACUGUUGUGUCCAGGCGAUCCAGGAUGCUUUCCUUCGAGAAAAAUUCAUCUGUGCCACCUCAUAUGAGUGAUCUUGCCCCACAGUGUUCUGGAUAUACAGACCACCUCGAUAAAGUGAUGAGACCCUGGACAACAUUCAUGGAACCUAUUUUGGGAGUUCAGCCCUGAGUUCACGGUGUUCAAGAUGCAGGUGUGGUAAAGCCGAAGAGCCGAGUCCCCAUGGCUUGUCUUGCCAGUGUUCAAGAUGUUUUUACUUGUAUGAAGAGUGGUAUUAUUGAUGCCUUCACUUGGGUUUACAAGAAGACCCACUCAGUCAGGCUUGGACCUUUGCUGUUCCAGACGUUUUACCAGAAAAAUGUAUUCCUUGGUACAGCUGUACUUAUCUCAGGAGACACGUUAAACCAGCAGGACCCUGCAUCCUGUUCAGCUGACUUUGCUAGAACAUGUGCUGCCUCUUUACAAGAACUUUGAAGCCCUACUCCGAGUAUCAAAGACGAUCUCACCUAUAUGAGGUUCCGUCCUUCUCCCCACUCUUCACCUUACUGAUCAAACCAGCAUAAUUGGAAGCCACAACAAUCUGUUGGAAGCUAGUUUCUUCAGCAAAGGUUUAUCUAUGUGAUCAAAUCUUCUGCUUGCGGCUAACACCCGACCCAGGUGGCUGCGGAUGACAACAUCAAUGCCCAUGUGUCUGGUCUGGGCGAAAAUCGCAGCAUCAACAUUUACCUGGACUGACUCAGCGGGCGGCGGAGACAACUUGGGGAUUGUCGUCUGGUGCUCACGCCUAAUGGAGACAGACAACCUGAAGUUGUACAAUAAGAUGAAAUCAACAUAAGCUUUGAUCUUGCCCACCACACGUGAAGGUUGAGGCACUUUUUCACCGUUUCUCAUAUUGUUCUGAUUCUCCCAAGUGUGCCAAAUUGCAAGAGCAAGGAUCAUUGAAUGGAAAUGUGAGGCAUUAGAAAUCCAGUUCAAAUAGCCAUUGUUGCAUAUGGACAAACCUUUUCAGAUUUAGUGAUAUAUCAAAUCAUUUCUUUAGCUCCGCUCAGACUUCUUUGACAUAAUGGCAAAGAAGAAAAACAGUAUUACACUGUCUCAAUCUUGUUACAAUAUAUGCAGUCAUACCUUGUUGGGAUU